CACCAUCCCAUCCAUCGAAGCGCCAGACAGCAAUCAUCGUCUGCGCCCCGUCGCGCUGCCCCGCUGGCCAUCUCCUCAGCUGCAGGACGACAUCAUGACCGCACUCAUUAAUGGCGGCGCGGACAUCAAUGCGGCAGGGGCCGACUAUAGGAAGAGGCCCAUACGUGUGGCCAUUGCGGCUGCCAACGAGAGAGCGGUGGGCCUUCUGCUUCAGCGGGGCGUCCAGCUGCAAGGGACAGUGGCCAUACGCCUGCCGGGGCGGUUCGAUGUCCGUGGAUUUCCGACCACCCCUCAGUGCGAGCUCCAGCUGCUGUCGAUCUAUCAGCGACUCAUCCGGCAGGACAGCACACUCGCAACCAUACCCGACGAAGAUGUUCCCGGUUUGGUGUAUGACGCAGCCGACUGGGAGAGAGGUUGCUUCUCACAGUCCUUCAUCAACCAGUAUCUCGACCUGCUACUCGCCAACGGUGCGGACGACCUGAGGACGGUCGACCGUCAUGGAUUCGCGCCUUUGGAUAUGGCGGUUGCCGCGGGCUCUCCCUGGGUGGCUGAGUGGGUUUGUCGCCACGUCGAGUCUGAGGAGGUCAACAGAGGGAUGCCCAACAGCCCCAUCAGAACGCCCCUCGCCAUGGCUGCGUCUCGGCUCGACUCCCGCAAUCGGCUGCUGGAGGGGAACGGCUUUGGAGAGGACAUAAAGGAAGACAUCCGCACGCGGCAGAUUCCCAAUGCGAAGACCAUCAUUCGCACCCUCCUGAGAGCCGGAGCAGACAUCAGCAGCAUGUCCGCAGUGGCCAUCGGAGCGCCCCGACGUCAGCGCCAUCUGGUGCAGACGGAGUACGCCACGGUGCUGAAUGGUCUGUCUAAUGUGACCAUGUCAGCAAUCAACGCCGCCCUCGCCCCGCAGCGCGACCACUCGAUGAUUCUCGCCCGUCUGCUACCCCUCGCACCCCACAACGACGGCAGAGACCCCGCCCCCUCCCCCCUCUCAUUCGGACCACACGAGGCGGAAGGGAUCGCAUGGAAGAUCGGCGCCUUCCUGCACGAGCCGCCCGCUGCAGCAGCGGCCAUCGACGAGUACCUCAUCGGCCACUCGCAGCUGAGGCGCCGCAUGCGGACGGCCGUGGCGCAUUUCGUCAAGUCGGCCGCCACACGGACAUCCGGCAACAGGGAGGUGGUGGGCGACAUGGCCAACGUGGGCGGCGUUAUGGUGCGUGUGCCGCUGCAGUGCUUCGCCGUUCGGGGUCAGCAGGGUGGGCAGCAUCGGCUCCUGGGUGUGCGUGAGGUGGUGCACAAGGCUCGGCUGGACGAAGCGGCCAGCCAUGGCGUGACCGGUGGUGUGGUAAAGGGCUUCAACGAGCACCUCGGGGAUGGCGACUGCGUCUUCGAAUGGCAGCAGCGGGGGUACAUCCAUAAGGCUACACGGCUGUUUGUGGCGCUGGGCAUCGAGUGAAGGUGUGGAUGAGUGAGGGGAGGAGCAGAGGGGGACAUUGAUUGACCUUCCACUCGUUUUUGUCUUUGACGUGGAUGCCUGAACGGACGGCCUUCGCUUCUGUAUGUAUGGCACUGCCGACAAGUCCGUGGCGCUUCCUUGUUUCCUGUGUGAGAUGGACACUGUGUGUCUGCAAUUUUGACGAGUAGUUCUUCGAGUGGAUGGAAUCCGAAUAGCCUCUUCGUCCAUUCGUCCACGAGUGAGUCGCAGCAGAUGCACCCAACUUCAUGACGCGAUGCACCAAUGAACAUUCCCUGGAUAUGCACUGUACAC